GUCUACAGUCAAUUAUUACUCCUCAAAAUCAUCGAAAGUAUUAGCAUAGCUGCCGCCUCCUCUUUGUGGAGCAAGUGGUCGGGGUGCAGGGCGGGGCGCAAUGGGCCGAGAAGCUGGGGCGAUUGGUCGUGGGGCUCCUGGUUUAUCAGUUGGAACACAGCCUGCUCCGUCAGUUCCUUUAGAGCCUCCGACCCCCCCAAAUCCUGCAGGACCGCAAGAAGGUUGUGAAGCUGGCCUGAGUGCAGGAGGUAGAGCUGGCCUUGGGGCGAGUGGCGGUACCGGUCUGGGAGCAAGCGGUGGUAGUGGUGCGCGGGCAGGAGGUGGCACUGGCUUGGGAGCAGCGGGCGGCGCUGGCUUGGGGGACAAAGAUGGCGCUUGUUUGGGGACAAAAGGUGGCACUGGCCUAGGGGCUGAAGGUGGCGCUGGCCUAAAAGCAGGAGGUGAUGUUGGCCUGGGAGCAGUAGGUGAUGCUGUCCUGGGAGCAGGAGGCGAUCCUGGCCUAAGGGCAGGAGGUGGUGCUGGUCUGAAAGCAGGAGGUGGCGCUGGCCUAGGAGCAGAAGGUAACAUUGGUCUGGGAACAGAAAAUGAUGUUGGCCUGGGGGCGGGAGGUAGCGCUGGCCUAGUGGUAGGAGGUAGUAGUGGCCUGGCAGCAGGAGGUAGCGCUGGCCUGAGGGCAGGAGGUGGCGCUGGCCUGGGAGCAGGAGGUGGCGCUGGCCUGGGAGCAGGAGGUGGCGCUGGCCUGGGAGCAGGAGGUGGCGCUGGCCUGGGAGCAGGAGGUGGCGCUGGCCUGGGAGCAGGAGGUGGCGCUGGCCUGGGAGCAGGAGGUGGCGCUGGCCUGGGAGCAGGAGGUGGCGCUGGCCUGGGAGCAGGAGGUGGCGCUGGCCUGGGAGCAGGUAUACAACCAGGACCACCGUAUCCUCCAAGUCCACAGGCAGGUAGAGGUGGUGGCCUGGGCGCGCCAGGUAAUGCUGGUCUAGGGGCAAGAGGUGGCGCUGGCCUGGGCGCGCCAGGUAACGCUGGUCUAGGGGCAAGAGGUGGCGCUGGCCUGGGAGCAGGAGCUGGCGCUGGCCUGGGGGCAAGAGGUGGCGCUGGCCUGGGGGCAGGAGGUGGCGCUGGCCUGGGGGCAAGAGGUGGCGCUGGCCUGGGAGCAGGAGCUGGCGCUGGCCUGGGAGCAGGAGCUGGCGCUGGCCUGGGGGCAAGAGGUGGCCUGGCCUGGGGGCAAGAGGUGGCACUGGCCUGGGGGCAAGAGGUGGCACUGGCCUGGGGGAAAGAGGUGGCGCUGGCCUGGGGGCAAGAGGUGGUGCUGGCCUGGGAGCAGAGGGUGGCGCUGGUUUAGGGGCAGGUAAUGGGGCUGGCUUGGGGGCAGGUAAUGGAACUGGCCUAAAAGCAGGAGGUGGUUGUGUCCUGGGAGUAGGUGUGCAACCAG